UCCUUCGAACACAGCGUUGCGCCAUCCUGGCCUGUCGACUUUCGUUUACGUGAAAUAUUUUACUGUGUGAUAUAUGUUAUCUUCAAUCAUUCAGCUUCUCUUCGACUAAUCAUUCGACUGGCUUGGAAGAUCACCGCUCGUUCAUCUGGGUCAGGUAUUGGACACUGCGCCUUGAUGGGGCUGGUCACCACUCAGAGAACCCUUCUAUGUUCACCGCGUUUCUUGGCUCCACUUGAUUCAGUGUCAGCAAAACGCUCUUCAGGAUAUUUGCAUCGACAUGUUCCUUCACUCUGGUGCUAGCCUUCACGGUCACGAAUUUUCCAAGCGGGCGACUCUAGCUGCGGCGCCUGUAAACCUGAGGAAGCCUCUUUUCCGCUCGACCUGGUCUGCACCGGUGAGCAGUACCUCCGUUCUUGCUGCUGGAGCGCCACUAUCUCAGGAUAACGAAAUAUUGCCCGGUCUGAAAGGGUCUACUACUUGCCCGGAGUUCGCCGAUCAAACACCAAACAAUGCCUUCAGUGUAUCUGGAGAGCUCAUGAACGACCAGCCCACGUCGCCGCCAGAAACUAUGAGCGGAGAUGAGGAAUCAGUCGUUUCUGAUACCGAGGUUAGUGGGGUGUCAUCCUCACGUCGUCAGAAACGCCUGUCUGGUGUUCAGAAGGGUACUACAUAUGUGCUUGCUCACCCCCCUCCCAAGCCUCGUACCAAACAGAGAAUCAUCCACAUGCGUCCAAAUCUUGUGCUUCAGAUUCAGCAGGUCACCCCUGGAUUGCGUCCUAAACCUACCAUUGAUGUCUAUCCAUCUUUUGCAGGUGCCAGAUCAAUAAUGGCGCCACUAUUAAGGAGUAUUCCUGGGAUUGCCGGCAUCAAAAGAGAGCUUAGUGGUCAGGAUAUCAUGUUGGUCAGAAGCGAAGAUUAUGCCUCACAAAUAUUGGGAGUUGAAAGUGAAAACGAUGAAGACGGCAUAAUGGCGCGUGACUUGCUCGCUGUUCUAAGCCCAUCCAAGACGGAGGACAAGGCAGAAAUCAUAAUGGCUGAGGGAAUGGUUUGGGUGGCGACGACUCGAUCUGGUGGGAACUCUUUCUCUUACGAGUUUACAUCGAUUACUCCUAUGGGGACGACUAUGACGGCUCGAUGGGUUCGCAAGCAGGUGGUGUCCAGUUCGGUGCCAGGCACACCAACUUCGCCUAGUCAGAAGUCGAUGAAACCACAGUUUUCUGAUACGAAGUUCACGUUUAGUUUCUUAGAACCUGGUUGUCGCCGGCAUCCAAUACUUGCUACACUUUCAAGCACGUCCCUCACUAUACCCGAUACCUAUACGACCGUAACUCAGACUUCAGACAGGGGUUCACCAGAGGCAGAAAGCCCUUCUCUCCCCAAUUCACCGUCCAAAGAUGACUGGAGCCCAACUGAAAGGCGUACUAAAUCCUUGGAAGAGUGGCAGAAGUCGUUUAUUUCGGUUUCUGCGGUCUGGGUCGCCCUUCGACACAGCUGGGCACCUGGAUUCCGGCCUGAGGAUUUCAUGACAUUUCGCAACUCGGCGGCUCCCCAAGUCGAGGGUAGUUUGCGUGGUCGGCGGCGAUCUCUUAGUGCCAGCACUGACCCAGCGCCACCUUCGCCAUAUUCGGAAGGGAUGGGACGGCGGAAACAUUCACUAUCAAUACGCCAACACGUAUUGCGGUCCACAAGUGACGUGCCUAAACGGGCCACGUCCACUGGAGCUGCCUUUAUAAAGAAGAGAAGAGCUAUUUUGGCGGAGAAUGAUGGUGCUCAGCCCGCUACUGACGAACAUAACAGAUUAGCCAAGCUCAAUAGGCGGGCUCUUAGUGGUGACUGGAAUAUUGGGCUGCCCAAAAGUGUUCGUGAGAACUCGUUGGCUGAAUCCAUCAUAGACGCUGCCUAUGUUUCAAAUAGUGAAGCGGAUCGUCGAAGCCCUGCUCUAGCACCACCGCCAAUGCCUGUCAAGCGUCGCACUGUCUCAGCAUAUUCGCCGCUUAGUUCUCUGACUCCUGACAACAGCGAGUUCGAUGUGAUGGAUCUAAGCGGAACAUCUACCAAUGCGGCAGAUAGAGACGUUGAUACUGGAGAGGUCUGUUCCAAGUUCAAGCACCGCAAAUGGAAGAGCAUGGCAACCUGGUUUCGAAAGCUAUCGGGGCGAUAGCAUUGCCGCCGUUUUCGCACAACUGGCCGAACACCUAAUAGUAGUGAUGGUUGCUUGAGGUGCCGAAGUUUAUCAGACUUGCUUGAUGGCUUAUCACGGCGAUGGGAGCACCGCAACGGGUGCAGCAGACAUGAAGUAUACAGCAGACCAUUGUAACAACAAGUGCAUUAAAGGGACUGGGAUUCAAAGAUCAUUGCGCAAGGAGUUGGUUAGGUUGGGUCACAUUACCAGAUUAGAAUUUUAUGUCAUUAUCAGCAUAGAGGGAUUGGCGUG